AUGAGUUCUACUUAUGGUUGGCUCACUGAAAGUGCACUGGCCAUUGAACGGCCUGUUCCUCUCCGGGGGGUUUCUCAACAGUCUCAACUUCGCCUGUCGGCGAUCGUGAGGAAACAGCGGGAGAGUCUACAACAACGACUAGAUGCGCAGCGAUAUCUCUUUGUUGAGGCCGCCAAAGAAGGUAGAGUAUUCACGCAUGAUGCCCCGUGUUCCCGCAGAUGGACGCGUCCAUCGAAAAAGCCAUUAGAUUGGAUUGGGCGACAGUUAGCUGGCAAGAAUGAAGGCGUUACCUUGAGGAAUGCUGCUGACGAACUCGACCGGAUAAAUAAUACUCGGGACGUCAACACUGUAUCGAUCCACUUGGAGAGGAAAGCAAAACUGUAUGAUCGACUAGUAGGAGGAGUGGCUCAUAAUACGUCCGCCGCACAGCUUCUUCAACUGAAUCAGAAACGCCGCAUUGCCCAGAGGGACAAUCCAGCGGUGGAGCCAACUGGCCCGCUCCUUUCGACAGAAGCUCUCGCUGAGCUCCUAAACCUUCCCGAAGGUUCCAACGCCGGCCUAGACGAUGAAAAGUACGUCUUGAAACAGGGGGGGGUAUGA